AUCACGUGACGACGCGCCAAAUUUAAAUCAAACAAUCAUUUCCUUGUCAAAAUGAAUCUAAACGAAGUUCUGGACAGUUUGCAUGUUUCGGAACAAAGCGGGCACGUGAUAAGCACUGAAGAGGGGAUAAUCCUCCACAAUUCGCUCCUGAUUUUACAAAACGAGAAUCACUUCCGGAAAAUUUUCUUCUGGGGGCGCAUCUGUGGCACCGAUAACGAUUAUUACGUUGUGUACGGGUAUAGGAGCGACGCACUGCAUGAUCGAAUCUUCUACUACAGUACGAAUUGUCUCAAUUGGGGGUUGCUCCCCAAACCGAAAGACUAUGCCCUGAAAUUAACCCCCUUAUGUACUGCCAGAUUCCAAGGCGAUCCAGCUUUAGUCCUCGAUGUUUUGCUAGAGAAAGACGAGAUCAGCUUUGGCGAUCCGCUUCCGGAACCCCAAGUCAAAAAACUGAAAGAGGAAGACCGGUUAUCUGCAACGGUACACCUCAUAAACCAGGAAGUUGCAGUGGUACCAAGGGGAGCAUUGUAUAAACGUACCGAUGGGGUUAUUGUGGAAAACCGGGCUUUUGAAGGCCUCACCCCGUUGGAAGCGCGCGAAUUGAAGAGUUUCCUGCAUUUUAGACAACCAACACGAAAGUGGAACACGAAUCUACUGACAAGAGACGAUUACAAUUAUGCAAUCGAUUUUUUGGAUCCUUUGGAUGUUGAUAUACCUGAAGGGUGUUGGUUGCAGAAUUUUACAGCAGGAGAGGAGAUGGUCGUGUUAAAAUCGUUGUACUGGCCAGGGAUGGUGUUCUUCCAUGAGAUUAAAACACCCAAAUAUGGAUUUGUUUAUUUCGGGACUGGGAUCAAGUGCCUCGAUGUGCCCUUCUUCCUUAAUGGAUUGUAUCCGGUUUAUGAGGACUUUUUUCAGGGCAAAUAAAUUAAAUAAAAAUUGACAACAGUUACAUUUUUUGUUGUACACGUGCUCCGGUCAGUCUUUUGGCAGAGCAUUGUAGGUCACAUCAUUUCGCCAAGAGCAUUGGCAACGGCAAAAGUCAAGACCUCUUAGAUAUACUUAUCAAAUAAAUGACAAACAUUGAAA